CGCUGCAACCCCCCCUCCCCCGGCGGCUGACGGGAUGCUGGCGGAAUGAUCGAGGCGGACUCUGUAAGGAGGCCCAGGUGUUGGGACAACGUCCACGGGCCGCGAGUCCUUAUCACUACAGCAUAAUAACACAUCAGCAUUACUCGGGGCUGAGCCAUUUUGGACACACUGGGGCACGCUCUCCCCCCGCUGCUGUAUGCAUAAGAAGCCUGAACACGGAAGUUGUUGGUUUGGAUGGCAGCGGUUUUCCAGAAGUUCACGAUGAAAAGCACCGUUUUCCUUCUGCUCCUGGCAGUUCUCACCUGUGGAUUCUCGCAGGGAAACGAAAAUGAUGUCGAGGAGGUGCAGGUGGAGACCCUGGUGCAACCCGAAACUUGCUCUGUACUUUCCAGAAUGGGAGAUACGUUGAAAAUCCACUACACGGGUAAACUGUUGGAUGGAAAGGUGAUCGACUCGUCACUAUCCGUGGACCCGCUUGUGGUAGAGCUGGGGAAGAGGACAGUUAUUGCUGGUCUUGAACAAAGCUUGGUUGGCGUGUGUGAAGGGCAAAAAAUUAAAGCCACUAUUCCAUCUCACCUCGCAUAUGGAAAAAAAGGUUACCCUCCUACAAUUCCAGGUGACGCUGUUCUUGAGUUCGAGGUGGAGGUUGUUUCUCUGACACAGCAGACGCCAUGGCAGAAAAUGGUGACGGACGUGCUCCCCCUCGUGUGUCUGGCUCUGGUGCCCACUCUCCUGGGCCUGGUGGGCCUUUACCUCUACAACAAGGCUAAUGCAGAGAAGCCAAGCAAAAAGAAGUCAAAGGAUAAGAAGAUCAAGAAGAAAUAAGGACAAGCCACAAAACUAUUUAAAUAAAGUUUUUUAAUUGUAUUUGGUGUUCUUUAUUUUUAUUUAAUCUGAAUUGGCUUUGUGUAUAAACCAUUCUGGUAAUUAAGGAAUGUUGUAAUUAUGUAUAAAUUCACUGUCUUUUAAUCAUUAUAAUGGUCUGAAACUUCUCUUACCAGAGAAGCUAUUAACCAAAGCUUUACAGUUUGUCUCUCUAUCAACCUUUCACACAGCAUGCACAAUAAGCCUUCCAUCUUGAGAUAGGUAACAUAUAUCCAUAAAGAUUAUGUUUUCCUUAAUGUUACAUUAUUAAAGCUAAUUAUUUCUGUAUGGAAAUGUAGUGCAGACUUCUGUGAUCACUGCAUUGCCACAUAUAACCUCACUUUCAACAAGUAACCUGACUCAAGUCUGCAAUUCAAUUGUCAUUUUUGAAGUCGAACAAAUAAACAGGCAUCCUUAAAUAUC